UAUUGCUGUUUGAUCAUCGGGUGGGUCAGGUUCGCAGCUCUGCAAAGACGUGCUAUCUUCUCGAUGACCGUCAGAUUAAAUUAACACGUCGCGGUAUUUUUGUGAACUAACGGAACCUUGUGGAACUGACAGUGGUUUCGUUUCUCUUUAUUCACUUGUACUAAUGUAUAUGCUGUUGCACGCAAGCACAAGUUGAAGUCAUCGCAGAAGGACAAGGUUCGGCAGUUCAUGUCCUUCACGCAGGCCGGGGAGAGGACAGCCGUGUACUGCCUGACGCAGAAUGACUGGAAACUAGAAGUCGCAACAGACAACUACUUCCAAAACCCAGACCUCUACUACAAAGAAUCCAUGAAAACCUCAGUGGAUCGCAAGAAGCUGGAGCAGCUCUACAACAGAUACAAAGACCCCCAGGAUGAGAAUAAGAUAGGCAUUGAUGGGAUCCAGCAAUUCUGUGAUGACCUGACCCUGGACCCAGCUAGCAUGAGCAUACUUGUGGUGGCGUGGAAGUUCAGGGCGGCCACACAGUGCGAGUUCAGCAGAAAGGAGUUCCUGGAUGGCAUGUCUGAGCUAGGCUGUGACAGUCCUGAAAAACUCAAGGCAAUCCUUCCCAGACUAGAGCAGGAGCUGAAAGACACAGGGAAGUUCAAAGACUUCUACCAGUUUACCUUCAAUUUUGCCAAGAACCCUGGCCAGAAAGGUUUAGACCUAGAGAUGGCUGUGGCUUACUGGAAUCUAGUUCUCACAGGGCGCUUCAAGUUCUUGGAUCUCUGGAACAGGUUCCUGCUGGAGCAUCACAAGCGGUCAAUUCCCAAGGACACAUGGAACCUCCUCUUGGACUUUGGCAACAUGAUUGCAGACGACAUGUCCAACUAUGACGAGGAAGGGGCAUGGCCUGUCCUCAUAGAUGACUUUGUGGAGUUCGCCCGGCCGAUUGUGACGGGGAGUAAACGCAACAUGACAUAGUGUUUGUCCCAGCUUCAUGCAGCGGAUGGAGUUUGUUUCUCUUCCAAUUUUCUUUCCUUUUUUUUUUUUUUUUUUUUUUUUUUUUGAAUGAGAAUUUUUAUACAAAUGAGCCAAAAAGAGACUACUUCUCAAUAAGCCUGUCUGCAGCUUGUUGUUAAGAUUCUUCUUCCAACUGCAUAAGAUGCCUUGGUUGGGCAGUGACCUGGAAAACCAGCUCAAAGAGGAAAGCAGGAGGGAAAUCAACAGGAGAGAGAUGAUGAUGAUUUUUGUUGUUUUUUUUUGCUGGCAAGGACAGACUUUGUAAUUGCAAUAUAAAAAAUAAUGGGUACCCUAAAACUCAUGGGCAAAUCACCAAUGGGUGUGGCUUUGAACUGCUGCUGUGGACUUGGCUCACUAACCUGCACUCUUGGCACAAUGAGGAGUGACAGUAAGAGUGAGCUUUCAGCACAUGCAGAGGAUUAAGUUAUAGAUGCAGUAGGAUGUGGCCUCUUUGUCAAUUGUGAAUGGAACCGUGGGUUGAAAUCUGCAUGUUUUUUGUCAGCUGGGUGUGAAGCAGUGCCAUGGAUUCUGAGGAGGAAAAAAAGUGAUCUACAUUAUUUUCACCUAGAUUGCGAAUGUGUAGCUCUCUAACAAUCAUUGAGAGUGGAGAAAAUGCGUGCUUGCUUGUUAUUGUAUGUUUGUAUGAGACUGAGUGUGCGUGUGUUUUGGUGGGGGGGAGGGGGGUUAAACAUAUUGCCUCUUUUACAAUACAAUGCUAAAUAUUUUCAUUUGGUUUUAUUUUAUUAAUAUAAGAAGUGAAGCGACAGUGAAAAGGUUCGGAUCCACACUUUGUAUUCAGACAGAGUUGGACAGAGCAGCAUGCUUUUUGAGCUCAGCACCAGCAAAAUCGCUACCAUUACAGUUGUAAAAUACUGUACUCAUAGAAAUAACAAUAGAUUCAAUUUUAGAAGAACAAAAAUGUAUAUCUGAGAAAACAGGUGAUGACAUUUAUAAUCAUUGAUUUGAACAUAAGCAUUUACAGUAGGAGCCUCAUUUUUAAAAUGCUGUUGCGUUACAUUUGUUAGUUUUAGUUUCUUUAGCUUUGCAGUGUGUCAACUGCUGUACACAAAGAGAAACUGACUGGCACAUUGACUGUUUUUUUUUUUUUAUUAUUAUCCAGGUGAUUAUUACUUGCCAACUCUGCAAACUGCACUGAAUUACACUUUUGCUGUUGUUUUAGGAUUUUAUUUUAUUUUUUGUAUCAGGCAGCACUGUAUACAGCUACAGAGCUACUGAGUUUACGUGACAGUAGAUUUCACUUACACACUUUUCAAAUGAACAUCUACAUCCCAGCUAAGAGUAUUUUAACUGUUUGUUUACACUGCUUGAGGUGUUAGUCUGUUGCUUUUCAUGUAUUAGCAACUGUAGGGCAAUGGUGGCAUGUUAAAGUACCACAGAACUACUUAAGAUUGUGCUGCCAUCUAUGGGUGACUGUGCAGUAUAGUAUUUCUCAAUGUACUAUAGUCCAGUGCUAGAUAGAUGUGGUCACAAAUAUAUGAGAAGACCUGACCCAAUCCAGCUGCAAGGAUAGACAUGAUCAAAAGACUUGAGCCUUUUAACCCAUACAGGUCAGCGCAGCAAUGCUUUCCCACCAUAUAAGAUUUAUUGUUGCUCUGUAAGUGUAACUAUAAACACUAAGCAACUCUGUUUGUGCUGAAUGCAUCCCCAUUCUUGGCUAAAGAGUGUGACAGAAGGUAGAGCUCAGGUACCUGUCGGCUGGCAACAGGCGGCCUCUUAUACUUACAUCAGUGUUAGCCAUGCUUUCUGUUCUAAAGAGUGACGAGCUACGCUGAUCUUGUUCUGCCAAUUCUUGUUGUCACCAUGAUAAAACCUUUGCCAUGUGAAAUAAGGAUGGAUUAUUUCCCUCUCAAUGGCUAACUACAGGGGAAAUAAUGAUCUUUUAUUAGGUAUUAUUAAGUUGACAAACUUUCUUCUUAUAUUUAUGUAAACAUAAGUUAGUAAUAUACUAUGGUGGUGUUCAUGAAAGUGGACUUGAGGCAAAUCAGGAUGGAAGUUGAUCACGAUUUCUGUCCCAGAAUAAAUGCAGAUGAGUGGCAAAGAAAUCAGCUUCAUGAUGACUGUAAAACAGUGCAGGAGCUGGUAAAUGUGUCAUGUUGUUCAUCUUUGUAGCUAAACAAGGUAGAUAUGUGUUGGUUCAAUGAUAUAUACGAACUGUCAGUACUGUUAAAGUUGUGUGCAAACCCAUCUAUGGUGAAGAAAGCGAGAUAGUGUGAAAGCUUUUCCCAGUCGAUUGUUGUUUGACUGUACGAUCUGACGUCGUCUGUGGUUCACAAGCAAGAAAAUGUGACAUCUGUCAGUAUUUAGUACGCUAAUAUGGUACAUUUGAGACAUUUUUUAUUUGUCAAGUGUGUGGUCAACUGUUUCUAGCCAUGCAGAUCAUUCUUAUCAAAACAGUAUUAUUUCUCCCGGCAAGAAAACAGGUAUUUACAGAAUUUUAUGUUUUGUCACAGAAGUGUACCAUAACAUUGUUUUCUUUAAAAAAAAAAAAAAAAAAAAAAGUUGUUAAUAAAGCAUGAUGUUUUUAACAGUCUUGUAAAAGAUGUACCUCUGUCUACCAAGUACAGCAGUUGACAAUAUGUUGUUUUGUCAGUAAUGAAUUGACCUGCCAGAUGGUUUAAGAUAUUGAAUGCAAAUGUGUUGUGUUGUGCUGAAAUCAGUAUCCUGACAUCAAUUAUUUUAUGAACUCAGUAUGAAUCACAACAUGGCAAAUGUUUGCAAGAUUGGAGGUGAAAUAUACAGCUUGAUCUUGAGUGCGGGAACCUGUGUGUGAUGUGUUUCAUCAAACGAAACUCUUCAAUCAUCUAAAAACAAGGACUUCAGCAACUCUUUUUGUUAGUUUUUAUUUACUUUUGAAUAAUGACUUUGGUUUGGAUAUCAGUAUUUUGUAAAACUGUUCUGAUACCACUAAAAGUUCAAAAUGAUAA